AUGACAGAGAAACUCGCCAUGGCAGAGCAUGUUGAAAAACAUGACUCAAUCACCUCAGCAGAGGGCCAUGUCCUACCAGCCCAUUCCGACCUGAAGACCAGCACCGAAGCCCACGCCGCAAUUGACAAAGAACAUAACAUGACCCCCUGGCAGGCUCUCAAACUGUAUCCCAAAGCAGUGGCCUGGUCCCUCCUCCUCUCAUGCGCAAUCAUUAUGGAAGGCUACGAUGUCGUCCUCAUGGGCUCCUUCUUCGCCUUCCCAGCCUUCAACGAGAAAUACGGAGAAUUGAUGUCCGACGGAAAAUACGGCUUAGCCGCCUCGUGGCAAGCAGGCCUCACCCAAGCCAUGUCCUGCGGUCAGAUCAUCGGCCUCUUCAUUAACGGUCUUGUCUCCGAGCGCUUCGGAUACCGUCGAACCCUGAUGGUCUGUCUCACCGCAACAGUCGGCUUCAUCUUCAUCCUAUUCUUCGCUCCAAAUGUCCAGACCCUCAUAGCCGGCGAGCUCCUCAUGGGUAUCCCCCUAGGCGUCUAUCAGACCCUCACAGUAACCUACGCCUCAGAAGUCUGUCCCGUCGCGCUACGCGCCUAUCUAACAACCUACGUGAACCUAUGCUGGGUCUUCGGACAGCUCAUCGCAUCAGGUGUACUGAAAGGUCUAGCCGAGCGCUCAGACCAAUGGGCCUAUCGGAUCCCCUUCGCCAUCCAAUGGGCUUGGCCGAUCCCAAUUUUCAUAGGCGUCUACUUCGCGCCCGAGAGUCCCUGGUGGCUCGUUCGCAAAGACAGACGCGAAGACGCCGUUAAGGCCGUGAAGCGCCUUACUCGCGAAACACCGGGCUUCGACCCCGAGGAAACCGUCUCCAUGAUUGUAUAUACGAACUCGCUGGAAAAGCGCGUCGAGACUGGAACCACGUACCUGGAUUGCUUCAGGGGGGACGGACCUGCGUCGCACGGAGAUCGCAUGCUGUUCUUUUAUCAGCGUGCUGGACUAGCUGUUUCGCAAUCUUUCACGAUGUCUUUGGCGCAGUAUGCGCUUGGGGUUGUGGGGACGCUUUCUUCGUGGGUGCUUAUGACGUACUUUGGACGAAGGACGCUGUACGUUGGUGGAUUGAUGUUGUUGACUGUUGUACUGCUUGUUAUUGGGUUUGUGUCGAUUGCACCGUCAACAUCGGCUAUCUCUUGGGCUACGGGCUCUAUGUUGCUGGUUUAUACUUUUGUAUACGACUCGACUGUUGGACCGGUUUGUUUCUCGCUGGUUUCGGAGAUUCCUUCUUCAAGGCUUCGGAUCAAGUCCGUUGUGUUGGCGCGAAAUGUGUAUAAUGUGCUCAAUUUGGUGACGGGCAUUAUCAUUCCUUAUAUGUUGAAUGUGGAUGCGUGGAAUUGGAGAGGAAAGUCCGGGUUCUUCUGGGGUGGGCUUUGCAUUCUCUGUCUUGUUUGGUCUUUCUUCAGACUCCCUGAGCCGAAAGGUCGCUCUUACGCCGAGCUGGACAUCUUGUUUGAGAACAAGGUGCGCACUCGAGACUUCCCUACUGCGAAGACGGGUCUUGUGCGGGAAGAACUCAAGGGUGAUGGAUCUGUUUGA